CACACACACACACAGUAGCAGAAGGUAGAGGCAGUGAGCCAGCAGAGCGCCAGCAGCCAUGACAGACAUGGAAUCUCUAAGUGAUGCAAUAAAGGCCAUCAGUGUGAGCACGGAGCUGAUUGAUGAAGAGCUUAAGCCUCACCUGGAUACAGUGUUGACGGCGCUGCUUGAAAAGAAAAAAAAUGCAGCUGUUGAGAUCACCAGGAGUGGGAUUUUACCCAUACUGACUCAGGCUUUACAACGCAAAAGCAGUUUGAGCUGCCAGGUGACUCUGGUGGUGGCAGAAAUGGCUCGAGAAGCUGCGGUGAGAGAGCCCUGCAUCGAGGCCGGCCUGGUCAAAGUUCUGGUUCCUCAUCUGAACAGCCACGAUCAGGAGAUGCUGCUGAACACCGGCAGGGCCAUUGGACGCAUCUGCUUCGACAACACGCACCAACAGGACCAGCUGGUCCAGAGCGGAGUAAUCCCCAGAUUGGUUUCCAUCAUGAGGGAAUACCCAAAUAACGACCCACUGGUGAACGUCUGCCUGCUGGCCCUCUGUAACUUGGCUGACAUGGACAGUGCAAGGGAGGCCCUGGCAGACCAGGAUGUGGCAGAUACACUGAUCACUCAGCUGAAACGUGCUCCUGAUGCUGAACGACGACACGUGAUCUUGGAAAUACUGGGUUCACUGGGCGAGAGCGAUGCCCUGAAGCUACAGUUUGCAGAGUCAGGAGUACCAGAGGCUUUGUCUGAGAUGAUUCGGGACCUGCAGGGACAUUCGGACCCCCAUGACCUGUGCAGCAUAAAGAUUGCUUCCAACCUUAUAGUGUCUCUGCUUUUAGGAGACGAGUCUAUGCAGAAGUGUUUUGGUGAAGGAUCAGGUGUGGUCUAUCAGGAUAUUCUGUUCUGGCUGCAGAGCUCCAACACCCAGCUUCAGCUCUCUGGAGCCCUCGCCAUUGCCAACUUUGCAAGAAAUGACAGUAAUUGUGUGAAGAUGCUGGAUCUCGGCGUGGUGUCACACAUCCUCACCUUGUUGGAGCAGCAUGUCGAUGAAGGGGACGUGUCUGUUCAGCAUGCUGGACUGAGCGCGCUCAGGAACUUGGCCAUUCCUGCCACCAACAAGGUGCGAAUGCUGGAGGAUGGAGUGACUGAGAGGAUUAAGACCCUGCUGCGUACCGACAUGCCCCCAGUUCAGUUCAAACUGCUGGGGACGCUGCGCAUGAUGGUGGACGGACAAGAGGAAGCAGCCCUAAAGCUGGGAAAGGAUGCUACGCUGCUGGCACGAGUCUUGGAGUGGUGUGAAGCCAAAGACCAUGCAGGCGUUAGAGGAGAAGCUAGUCGCCUGUUAGCUGCUUUCGUCAGACACAGCCGCAGUCCAGAGAUCGUUCGUGCCAUAGCCAGAGCAGAUGGGGCGCGACAUCUCAUCGCUAUGGCAACAAGUGAGCAUGUCAUCAUGCAGAAUGAGGCCCUGGUUGCCCUGGCGAUAGCAUCUGCUAUUGACAUAGACUCCAUGAGGGAUCCACUCAAAGAGGCCGAGCUGUUACCGACCCUAAAGAAGAUCCUGGAUGAUCCUGUUGGAGCUGUCGAGGUCAAGUUCAGUGCUUUGGGUCUCAUCUGCACCCUGGCUAACUCGAGUGUGAUGAAGGAGGAGCUGAACUCAGUGAACAUAAAAGAAAGCCUGAGUAAACUGACAGAUCACAGCAGCAGUAAACUGGCUUCACAGGCCAGCUCCAUACUGACCAUCCUCAGUGACACCAGUUAAACCAGCUCUCUGCAGCAACAAGACAAUCCAUCUGUUCUAUGAAUUUAUCUACAUUGCACAAUCAAACAGUCUUAUGGUUAAGAUAAUCCAAGUAUUCACAUCUGAAAUGUGACCAAUCUUGUAAUUUUGAAAGUUUAUGGACUCAAUGCUGGAAUAAUGAGGGUCUAUGAGGGAAAUAUCAGAUUUCAGCCGCCCAUCAAUUAUUCACAUCACUGCUUCUUCAUUUUCCUUCAAGAGGAAUGGCUUGGGUUAUAUUCUAUGACAGUAUGGGACAUUUAUGAGGUAAGAUUAAAUUAAAUAGCUCAAACCAAUAUAUUUAGAGAUUUUUCAAUGUUUUUUUUUUAAAUUAUUAUUCUGAAGUAAAUGGCUAACCAACAGGCAAGACUGUUUGUCAGAUUGAUUGUUGACUGGUCUAAUCCAAUGUUUCUCAGUAAAAUUACAUAUAAGAAUUUUACAUUAGUU